AUAACGUUUUGAUGUUGGGAUAAAACUCCUGUAAUAUUCAUUACUUCACCAAAGGUUCCAAACAGUGCAUCACUAGUUUGUUAAUGGUUUGAUGUGCAUGCCAUGGGUAAUUGUGAAAUUCUGUAGCUCUGAAGAAGUUGAAGCAGUACCAUACUGUUGGUACAAUAAAACCAACAGUUCAAUAUUGUACCCCCCUUUUCCAAAAAACCCUAUGGAAAAGGCAAUAAGGAAUGAACUUGAGCCCAGUAAAGAUUGGAAGGAAUACAAAGUCAGCCUUAUGAGAGAUACAGUAUAUGACGGUUUUCGUGUAGCUUGUGCAAAAGCCACGAAAUGUUGUAUUUCAUCUGAUUUAUCAGAAGUGGAAACACUUUCAGAUAAAAGAAAGUGUAAGAAGAAAAUGAUCAGUUCCUCAGAAGAGAGUGAUUCCGAUCUCGAUGGAAUAUUCACUUUGGCUCCUAAAAAAGGUAUUAAUAAUAAAAGACUGGACAAAAAUCAGGAAAACUCUUCUGCCCAAAAGACAAAUAUUAACCAGGACCAGGAAGUUGAUGACACACAGAGGGUUCUUUUAACUUCAGAUGAGAAGUUCCAGAAAUCUUGCAUUGGGUUUUUGGUAAAGAAUACCAAACUCAUUCAGGAUUGUGAGAGGAAACUUCUGGAACUCUCUGAAAAAAUGGAUAAUAUUAUUACAUUAUUGAAAGAUAAACCUUCAAUCUCCUCUGAAACCGUAGACCUUUUUAUGGAGUUUUCUAUCACAGAUGAUUUGACACUAAGUCGUGUGGAAGAAAAUCUUCAAAACGACGAUAAUUUUAAAAGAUUGGUUGAGGGUCUCUGUAAAAUUGGUGGUAACGAUUUUAAGGAGUGCUCCAGGAGAUUACUGAAGAGGGUGAUUGAUGACAAAUUUGCAUUGGGAUACAGUCUACAUGGUCACAAACAUAAAAAAGUGUUCAGGAAUACAAGAAUUUGCACUUGUAUUUUUGAUGCAGUACAAAGAUGUCAUCCCAAUGUUACAGCAAAAGAAAUUGAGGUAGUGGUAUCUGCAUAUUUGGCAAAAGCCAGUGAGAGACUUAGGAGACAACAGGGGGUUAAUCCACCAACAGAAGAAUCAUCUUAAAACGCUGACAUUUGAGGCGUGUUUUGAAUCAAUUAUCUUAUACAGAUGCUAAUCUGGUUGGCGAAAUAUGCUUCAAGUAUUUUUAGUUUAGUAUUUGAGUACUUGAGCUUUUUGUAUGAGCACUUUGUUCAUAUUUAUAGUAAGCUCAGUUAAGAUAGAUGCCGAUUUGAUUAAAACAUUUUUGUUUUUUUUUAUAUUUCAUUGUUCAUUUGAAAUAUUUUUUUAUUAAAAAUUCAAGUAGAUUACCCUGUAUUCUACGAAUUAAAAUAAUCUGUUGCUUUGUUUCUUUAACAAGAAUGUUUAAUGAAUUCUUACACAUAUUCAGAAAUAUUUUA